GUAGAACACCUACACCAGGGCACACACGGUCACAUGCAAGUUACCUGAGGGAGUGAGUACUUGGUCCCGCAAGACGAAACCGGACUGGAUUAAGAGGGUAGAAGAAACAUGGAUGUUGAGAAGAGGGCCAAGUCGAGGGGAGGUGGAUAUGGAGGGAGAUAUGUGGUGCCAACAGUGGAGCUGAGGGGUUGGUUAAUCAACGAGCAGCGAGUGGAGGAGGUGCAGCUGGCGGGGCUUGAAGAAGAUCGGGAAGAAGACGAGAGUCACAAGGGGGAGUUGGACAGUAAGAAGGAACAGGAAGAAGAUCAGCAAUCCGGGCAGCAAGAGGAGGUAUCAGGGACGGAACCUGUGCAUGCAGUUGAGGAAGAACACGACAGUCGACGGCAGCAAAGCAAGCAGCAAGAGGCAACAUCCGGGGACGAAUCGGUACAAGGUAGGGGGGGGGCAGAGGAGAACCAACACCAAGAAGGACAGCAGCAGAACCUGCUAAGCGAGCUGGCACGACAAGAACAAGCGGAAACGGGACUGAAGGCCAUCUUGAGGGAGGGGGAAUGCUACAUCUGUCCCAUCGUUUUCUGGCGAACAGUACAAGGAAUUCAAAUGUUGAUGGACGGAGUGACAGAGGUACCGAUCUUCAGUGUCAACAAGCUCCCAGUGGAGCAGUGUGUUCUCAGUAACGAGACUAAACUGUCUGAGCAAAAGACGGCCACGCCGACGUUAUGGUGGACGGGUCACCAGGUAUGGGCACCGGCACAGGGUACGAAGGGAGGAGUGUGUAUCUUCGUAUCCCCCCACUUCAGAGGAGAGGUAAAAGACAAGUAUCACGAUUCAAGGGGACGAUGGACGUGGCUGGUCCUUCAGUGGGGGGAAGAGGUGUGGGGGGUUGUCACGGUGUACGGCCCGAAGGAGAUUGGUGCACGACAAAGGUUGUGGGAAAGGCUGCCGACAUUGGUGCCGGACGUGGAAAAAACCAUCAUAACAGGGGAUUAUAACUCCAUUACCGAUCCGCUGUUGGAUGCAGCAUCGACCAGGAAUCUAGACGCUGGCUUGCUGACGCUUCUCAACAGCAUGAUAAGCUUAGGGUGUACGGAUGCGUAUAGGACCCUGUACCCGCAAGACAAGUCCUGCACGUUCUGGGGAAACACAACGUCCAGAAGAAGCAAAAUUGACAUGAUAUGGGCGACCUCAGCGCUCAAUGACACACUGGAGCAGAUACAAACUAGUCCAGUGGUCGUGUCAGGCCACUAUGCGGUGAUAGUAACUUAUCCCGUGGGUAAACUGGAGAUGGGACAUCCCGAAAUGGGUGUUCAAAAGCGUAGAGUUCAGGCUGCUGGUCGCACAAUUUUGGGAGCACUGAGUACAGUAGUGCCCACAAGAAGAACUGCUGGAACAUGUGGCUACGGCGACCCAAGACUUGCAGGCAAUAUUGUUAAAGCACCUGUGUUGCAGCUACUUAGCCCACCAGCGAAUGGGUGAAUAAUACAUGCAUAAACUGAAAGAGUUAAAUGGGGGUCAGAUUAGGGAGCAAACAACGGAUGAAUGGUGGGCGGAAAGGAUGGAGGCAGCCAGAGGAUUGAGGGAAUGGCAAAGAGAAGAAGUGCUCAAAUGGGGGAGGGGAACAAAGGAAUUAUGGAUAG